CAGAGAUCGCGAGCUAUGCGCCUGUGACUUCGUUAUCCCAUCCACCACGAAUCUACGCUGCAAUACAUCUCCAUCCGUUAAAUAUCAACGCUCUCUCUCUGCGUUAGCUGAAUGCCCCGACUAAAUUUUGAUCCAACAGAAUUUCGUGUUAGCUUUUGCAUUUGGUAAUCUGAAGCCAAUUCAGAAUCCACUUUUGUGUUCGGCUGGUGAUUUUUCGACUGUGUCAUUUUUCAUUUUUAGCGGUAUGAACUUUCCUGUGCUGAAUUAGGAUUGCUUAUACUCGCGAAUAAUUUGUUUGAAGCUACUGUGUGUUUUGUGUGAUAGAAAAUCAGUAUGCGGAUGAUUUUAAAAUGUGGUUACUAGUGUAAACCUAUACGUUAUAAGCAUCAUAAAACUCAAAUGGUUAAUCAAUCACCAUAACUUCUAUCCAGACAUCUAAAUUUCCUAUACAUGGCUCAGCGAUAAAUUUCAGGGAAUUUAAUCACUCACCUAUUAUCACAUAGUUUUCUUGAAUAACUUGAGAUGCAUUGAUUUUACUUACUAUAAUACGUAGUAUGAAGUGAAGGCUUUGCAUUGUAGUAAGAUUUAAAUCACUCAGUUGUAUCCAUCUGCAGAAACAGGCAAUUUUUAACUUUGUGUCUGGAGUAUAUAAGUGAAGGCUUUGGAUCGUGGUAAGAUUUUUCUUGUUAUUGUGAUGUUUAAAUGUGCGCGGGCCUAAGAAAGCUGAUUUUGGAAGCAAUGUGGCUGCAAACUUGAUGGCUAAUUGGAAUGUCUUGGUCGUUUAUUGUCCAGAUUGAAAGUCGCCUGAGUUGGAUUAGGAUAUUAUUGCUAUAGGCUGUAGUAGGACAUGAGUUGUAGCUGCUUUGGUACUUCAUCUUUGAUGCCAAAGAGACGCGACAAGCAUGCUAAUGAAUCCAUACAAGCUGAAGAAGGGGGUCCUAAAAAAUGGAAGAGAAGUUGCUGUGAAGGUGCUUUCAGCUGAAUCAAAACAAGGAGAACGGGAGUUUAUGACUGAGAUAGACACCAUAUCGAAUGUCAAGCAUCCAAACCUUGUCGAGUUACUUGGUUGCUGUGUCUACGGUCAUAACCGGAUUUUGGUAUAUGAAUAUUUAGAAAAUAGUAGCAUCGAUCGUGCACUAUUGGGUUUUCGGAAGUCCUUAAAAUUGGAGUGGGAGAAAAGAUCUGCCAUUUGCAUGGGGACUGCAAGAGGGCUUGCAUAUCUUCAUGAAGAACUUGUGCCUCACAUUGUGCAUAGAGACAUCAAAGCUAGUAACAUUCUGCUGGACGAGGACCUCCAACCAAAAAUUGGAGAUUUUGGAUUAGCUAAGCUUUUUCCUGAUAAUAUUACUCAUAUCAGCACAAAAAUAGCAGGAACAACCGGUUACCUGGCGCCAGAGUAUGUUUUAGGCGGUCAGUUAACUCUAAAGGCUGAUGUUUAUAGCUUUGGAGUUCUGACACUUGAAGUUGUAAGCGGUAGAAGCAGUGGAAAUACUAAUUAUGGAGGUGGCGGUAAAUUACUAAUGGAAUGGGCCUGGGAGCUUUAUGAAGAAGGGAAAUUGCUGGAUCUUGUCGAUCCUGAACUUGAGGAGUUCCCAAAGGAUGAGGUAAUCAAGUAUAUGAAAGUCGCCUUAUUCUGUGCUCAAGCCAAUGCAAGCAGGAGGCCAUUGAUGAGCCAGGUCACUGAGAUGCUUUCUAGAAAUGUAAGGCUAAAUGAAGAUCAACUCACGCCUCCUGGUUUCUUCGAAGGUCCAAGCCAGAAAAGUGGUAUGGUGUCAAAGAAUAAGUCGAGCGACACCUCAACUAGCCACCAAAUGAGUUCUUUUCCCAUCACAACCACUGAGGUAUCCCCGAGAUGAAGUUAAGUAGCUGAAGUCAGUGUGUUGAUUGAGCAUCAAUAAUUCGAUAACGACAGCUUAGUUGAGUUCACAUUAAUUUCCAAGGGCCACUUUAUGUUGGCCUUUCGCGCUAAUGAUAUUUAUACCCUUUGUUAUUCAGUUCUUUGCAUGAGGCGUUUCUGACCUCUAGCCUCUAGGUGGUUUGUGAUUAGCAUAUAUCUAUAGAAUGAAUCUCACGGAUUCUGGAUAUUUUCUUAUAUUUUAUGCAUACUAUUCUUCCAACUA